AGGUGGUGGUAUUGCACCACGAGUUGGUUUACAAUCUUGAAGAAAAAUAUCAGAAGAAGAAAGAGGAUUAAGGUAGUAGGAGUUGUGGUGGAAACAUCCCAUCUAAAACAGAACGACCUGCUCUGAUCAUUGGAGGUACUCACGAUUCGUGUACCGAGCUGGAAACACGUCCAGCCGUGCUGCGAUGUGUCAGGUGGAAGAAGAGUACCACGAGCAGCUGGAGCGCGUGGAUACACCCAGUGCUUCGAAAAAAUGUGUCAAAUGCAAAGAGGAGCUGGCAGCUGUGGUCAUCAGAGCAGGCGAUGCUUACUGCAGGAAGUGUUUCAGAGAGAGCUUCAUUCACAAGUUCAGAGCCAUGCUGGGUAAGACCCGGGUCAUCUUCCCCGGAGAGAAGGUGCUGCUGGCGGUCUCCGGGGGUCCUUCUUCCUGCUCAAUGCUCAGCCAAGUCCAAGAGGGUGUGAGUCAGAACGCUCAUAAAAAGCUGCGCUUCUUCCCUGGGAUCGUUUACAUCGAUGAGGGUGGCGCUCUUGGUCAGUGUAAAGAGAUGAGACAGAAAACAACAUCUGAGCUGUGUGACAUGUUCAGGUCAACCGGUUUCCCCUUCUACAUCCUUCCUCUGGAGCAGGUUCUGGACCUCCCUGGAUCCGUCCUGACUCCCUCACCGCCGUCAGACCAACCAGGCUCCGUCUACAAAGCAGCUGUGGAUCUCUUCCUGCAGAGUGGCGACAGCAGCAGUGAUGGAAAGGCUGAGGAGCAGGAGUGUGUGUCGCUGCCUGCUGUUCAGGAGUCACACACACGGCUGCUGCAGCAGCUGAUUGGCUCAGCUCAAACCCUGACAGCCAAACAAGACCUGCUGAACACAUUCAGGCAGCACCUGCUGGUGCACACGGCUCGGACCAGAGGCUACAGUAAGCUCAUGCAGGGAGACAGCUGCACCAGACUGGCUGUGAAGCUGCUCACCAGUAUCUCACUGGGCCGAGGAGCCCAGCUGGCCCAGGACACGGGCUUCUCUGACUGCAGAUACGGUGAUGUAACAGUAGUGAGACCCAUGAGGGAAUACUCAGCCAAAGAAAUAGCUUACUACAAUCAUAUGUUCAAGGUUCCAUCCGUUGUCAUUCCAAACCUGGAUACAAAGAUGCCAGACAAGGCCAGCAUCCAGCGCCUGACCCAGAACUUCGUCACCAAGCUGCAGGCUGACUUCCACUCCACUGUCAGCACAAUCUACCGGACUGGGGAGAAGCUGCAGACGGCAGGCAGGGACUCCUCCGCCGCUGAGGACGCCAAGCGGUGUGUGCUGUGUGUGUGUGGCCUGGACACUGCUGCUGAAGAGGCUUCAGCGCUCCAGGCCACGCUGAUUUCAGAGCAGCUCUCUCAGAGCUCAGGUGAAGUAUUCCAUCAGGAUGAUUCCAAACCAUUGAAACCAGAACCACCUGCCAGUGUUGGACAGUGUUGCUCCUCUGAAAGACCCUGUGGGGGGGCAGAAGGGACUGGUGACUGCUGUAGGUCUUCAAGGGACCAUGAGGCCACUGACCUGAGGAGCCUGCUGUGCUACAGCUGCAGACGGACUGUCAGAGACAUGUCUUCAGUCGAUUGUCUCCCUCAGUAUGUCCUGUCAGUGGCUCAGAGGAGACAAAACCGGUCUGCAAUGAAAGAGCAGAUCAGCGAGUUUCUGUUGGACGAUGCUGAUGAAAACAAUUAGAGGGACAAGAUGAAGAUCAAACAUGCCUUAAUUUUUUUAUUUUUAAUGGUGGAACUUCUUGUAACUAGAAUUUCUCAGUGUAUCGAUAAAGUAAAUGUCCUCUCUGAAAUAUAAAGUAAAUAUCCUCUCUGAAA